GUCCGCUUUUUUCUUUUCCGCUUUUUUUUUUACAGCUUUUUUUUUCUUUUUUCUUUGAUUGUACUUUGGGAACCUCUCAUUCAAUAGAUUAUGAGUCAACCAACACAUCCAACAGUAGAUCAGCAGCAACAACAAAGCGUCAUCACACCUGAAGUUCACUUUAGAAAAAGACCAGCAGAAGCAGAUUCUGUCUCCAAACACAUAAAAAAAAAGAGGCCUAUUGACCGUUUCGCUCCUCCUCGAAUUGAAGCUUAUAUACCCGAAUCGCAACUGUAUACAGAACUAUGUGAAUUGGAAAGAAAAUUAGACAGAGCGAUUAUGCAAAAGCGUCUCAGUAUACAAGAGGCGUUGGGAAAACCAAACAAACGUACACUGCGUAUCUUUGUUUCCAACACAGCCGCCGAUCAAUCGAAUCUGCAAGCCGAUGAAGCCAACCCAUUUGAGUCGAAUGAGGAUAACUCACCCUCGUGGAUUUUACGAGUAGAAGGAAGAUUACUGGAUCCUUUGAUCCCUACGAAAAAAGCGCAACCUGUACAGAAAUUCUCGUCCUUUUUCAAAUCCAUCAUUAUACAAUUAGAUCGUGAUCCAGAGCAAUAUCCAGAAGGCAAUCUGACAGAGUGGCAUAAACAACCGUCUAUGGUUGAUGUGGAUGGAGUCGAGUUGAAACGGAAGGGAGAUAAGGAUGUGAAUGCAAAGAUUAUACUGGUCCCCGAUUUUACUCCACAAAAAUACAAGACAAGUAAAGCGUUGGCGAAUAUCAUCAAGCUCCAUUUGGCUACGAAGGCGCAGAUCUUGGCUGAAUUGAAUCACUAUAUCAGGUUAAACCACCUUCAGGACGAAACAGAUAAGCGGAAAAUCAACUGCAACGAUGCUUUAAAAGGACUGUUGGAUGGAUUGGAAGUGGUAGAAUUCAAAGAUUUGCCCCACUUGCUCUUUAUCGAACACUGUCAUAUAGCUAUGCCAGACCCUAUUGUGAUUGAUUAUACCAUUCAAGUAGAAGAUGGCCGCCAAUUCCAUCCUCCUGUGUUUGCGUAUGAUAUGGAAGUGGAGUUGGAUAGCCUUCUGCGUCAGAAAAUGCUGAAUACCGUCGCGUCGAGCAGUCCAUCUCAGAAGGAAAUCCUAAGUUUAGAUGACAAGAUUGUGCAGUGUACGCAGAGUAUCAACAACAGUAAACAAAAGUGCGAUUUUCUUCAGCAGUUUGCCACAUCGCCUGUGCAGUUCAUCCAUAAAUGGAUCACAAGCCAGGCGUAUGAAUUAGAAAUCAGUCUUGGACAAACCCAUGUCAACUUGGAAGAAGUGCGACAAAGCGAAUUCUACAAGCAGCCUUGGGUGAAAGAAGCCGUUUUUCAUUAUUUGACGUCCAAAACACAGCAACGUAUGCAAGAAUUAUUAGCCACUCAGCAACAACAGAAAUAAAAAGAGAACCCCUAGAGUAGUUUAUUAUUAUUAUUAUUAUUCUUAU